CGCGUGCGCCCGAAACGCCGCCCAAGAAUUCAAAUGCCAUUUAUACCACGCAGCGAGUACUCCGCAUUUUUUUUACACACAAUGGCACACUAGUGAACGAAGGCCGUAUAUGUGGUACUAGCUCAGCAGUACGCGAAAAAGUUUAAUCUCAGAGAUGCAAGUUUUCUAGUUGGUUACCCUAGUAUCCCCCCCGAGACUUACCUCCUCAUGCCUCCAUUUUCUCCAGAACCGUUACGAUCCAUCUGUUCCAUAAAGUUAUGGCCGUUGUACAACAGGAAGAAUUAUACUACUGGCAAAUUCGUGAGGAAAAGCAGGCAAACGCUGAACUAACAAGCAACCUUUGUUACCACACUUUACGAUGCUUUAUGGCGCCUCCAGCCUGAUGGGAUGCUCGUGUUAUAUAAGAUAGCGGUGAAGUUUAUCCUGCACCUGCUCUUUGUGUUUAGAAAAUUUUGGUCAUGAUGUAUAGCAACCGAGCCUCAGUCUGUAUAAAUCUCGUGUUUUGUAUCAGGAAACUGUAGUUUUAUUAAAUUCAAAGUCAAAAUACCACGGGGGAUUUAUCGCAAUGAUAGGUACUAAUUGCACGCGGAUUAACACAUGUCGUACGUCACAAUCACAACGGUAACGAAUACAAGGCAGAUUUUAUAUAAAUCUGAAGGCUGUAUGAAUCUUCCUAUACACCUGUAUUCUGAGAACAGAACAGUGUCGUGCUUGAAAUACGCAGCUCAGCGUAUGAUGAGGGUCAAUACGUGUUGCAGAUUACUAACAUUUUACCAAAUCAAUGUCACGCUGAAAUCGUGACGUGUUUUUGUGUGCGCAACGUGUACGAAGAAGCACGUGUUGGGAAAACUUAGGUGUAGCGCCUAUAGCUCCAGGCGCGUACACUAUUGAGAACGAUGAGCACAUACUGCCGGUCUCUCCUGAAGAUCAGAACCUUGAAGGCGGAAAUAAAGCGGAUGAGCAGCACAAUUUUCGCGCUGUCAUCCGGGUUAUCACGAUGCGCUGUUGCAAUGAUACGGGUGUCUGGCCCGGAUUCAAAACUAGUCCUUAGCCAAAUAGCACGAUUUAAGAAACUGCCAUCGCCCAGGAAGGCUUUCGUUCGCAAGAUUGUUCAUCCAUCAACCAACGAACACUUGGACACAGGGAUAGUGCUCUGGUUUCCUUCUCCAAACAGCUACACUGGUGAAGACAGCUGCGAGCUUCACCUCCAUGGAAGUCCAGCUGUAGUGAAAGCCGUUCUGAAUGCCCUUGAGAACGUGGAACCUCGUGGUUGUCUGCGUCAUGCCAUGGCAGGCGAGUUUACCCGAAGGGCUUAUCUGAAUGGAAAGCUAGAUCUAUGUCAGGUAGAAGGCUUAGCAGAUUUACUGCAGGCGCAGACAGAUGCACAAAGGGUUCAGGCACUGCGCAACGUCGAUGGCCACCUCAGUCGUCUUAGCAGAACCUGGGCUGAAAAGCUUACACAGUGCGUUGCACGCUUGGAAGCUUUCAUAGACUUCUCUGAGGAACAUGCAGAUGUAGCACAAGACAACACACUCGAGACAGCGCGACAAAGAGCCCAGGAGCUUGCGAAGGAACUGGAAGCCCAGCUUGGAGAUGGUCGCCGAGGUGAACGGCUUCGUGCGGGAGUCCGCGUUGCUCUUCUGGGACGUCCAAAUGCUGGAAAAAGCAGCAUUUUCAAUAUGCUCUGCAGGAGAGAAGCAGCCAUCGUUUCUCCAAAAGCUGGCACCACUCGCGACAUAGUGGAGGCCUCGCUCGACAUCGCCGGAUUUCCGGUUCAACUGGGCGACACGGCUGGUCUCAGUCGACGAGCAAAGGACCCUGUCGAACGAAAGGGCGUCGCACGUGCGCGUUCCUGGGCAGCAACGUCAGACCUCUUGCUGCUGGUGGGUGACUGCAGGAGGGGUGUACAUGAACUCGAGCAGUUGUCCGCUACGUUACCGGCAGACCUACCCCGUCUCGCGGUGCUCAACAAAUGUGACCUCCUAGAAAAAGAAGAUCUGCAGAUAUUAGCGGAGAAGUGUCAGACGAGCAGAGAACCCUUCUUGCUCGUGUCGUGUCGGACAGGCAGCGGCGUUCCGGAACUUGUGAAAGCGCUUGCACAACAGGUGGCACCAUUGUGCUCUUCCGAAGCCACUGCCGGCAGUCUCAUCUCGGAGCGUCAGCAGCGCACCUUGGGCCAAUGCUUGGAAAGCGUCCAACAAGCAACGCUUCACGAAGAGCCGGAUAUAAUGGCCGAGUACCUGAGGCGUGCGCUGGUGCACCUAGGCCACCUGGUGGGGCACGUCUCAACGGAGGACUUGCUCGACCGCAUCUUUCGAGACUUCUGUGUAGGAAAAUAAAACACUGCAGUUCUCGUCCCGCUA